AUGAGCAGUAGACUGCCCGCAUCAAAAUUAGCGAGUGCCCCGUCUAACUCCAGUAUUGCCAGCGGUGUACCACACGCCGAAUUGGCUGCCGUAAUCGCCUCCGUAGUGGACAAGCGGAUCAACCGCCAACUAAUCCAAGAUGGUGGAACUAGCAAUGUCAGCAAUGCCCAACUCGCUCGCCCCAGUCCUCCAAGUAACCUUCAGGACAGCCUCAGGUCCAGUCCUCCACCACAAGAUGGCAGCCAAAACACGACCCGUCAACAACAACCUUCCGUUCAAAAUCCUCCAACAGGUUAUCUCCCAAACACCGCCAUUUCUUCUGGUCUCGCUGCUUCUUCUGGUCUUGGUUCCCUCUCAUCUCCUGUCGACUUUUCUGAUCCAGCCCAAGUCGAAUCGCUUCACCCGAACUUCAGACAGCCUUCCCUCGCCAGCCAUCUGACUAAAGCCACCUCGACGGCCAUCACGAACGAGGAGUACGUGGACUUUGUUACCCCUUUUACCAAUGACCUCCCUUCUCAAUGACACCAUCCAUUCCCAUCUUAACCUCAAGGUAGACGAUCAGGGUUUAACUAUUCACCUGCCCUUCUCCUAUAAACACCCCCAAAUCACCUCUAUCGAUCGAUGGCUCGAUGCCUUUGCCAUAUAUUUCGCCGUUAUAGUGUCUGUAUGUCCCUCUCAUGCCGCAGAUUUAAUAGCCUAUCAACAGUUGAUUCGAGAUGCAGCACAAAAGUUCCCUGGGAUUGCUUGGUAUGUCUACAAUGUGGAAUUCCGAAAGCGCGCCUCCCAUAACCUUUCAGCCAAGUGGGGGGAACGGGACGUCCAGCUCUACCUCGAAGGCCUCCCAAAAUCGUGCAGAUCUUGUGGCAGCACCGAUUAUUUUUCUGAUACCUGCUCUUUAUCUCCUCGUAGGUCCCAGGAUGCCCUUACCCAAUCCGACCCUGUGCUCGCACCCCAUGCCCUUACCAACACAGGUGUAACCAGCUGGGAUGCUCAGCAGCUCACUCUGGGGAAGAUCACACUAAACUCACCCGCCACAGAGAGGACAGACCUAAGUCGUCUUCAAGCUCCGGCAAUUCCUCCCGAGGACACUCCUAAUUACCUCUCCCAACUGACCCCUCCCACCCCCAUUGACAACUUUGCAUCCUACCUUCAGGGCCAUUAA